AUGCGCUUCAACAUUGCCCUCGGCCUCGCUGCCCUUGCAGCUACUGCCAACGCCGGCAUCACUGCUCGUCAGGCAACCAGCGCUGAUUCUGGAUCCCAGGCGACACCCCGUACGACUCCCACCGCCUCUACACCCUCCUCGACCUCGGUCCCGACUUCCACCGCCACCGCCACUACCACCUCCGACAGUGGCAGCGGCGGCGACACCACCGUCUACACAACAACGACGGUCACCAGAGGUGCCAAGUCCACCUCCACUACCACCGUCGCCGGCUCUACCAGAGUCAGUACCCUGACCGACACGAGCACCGCCUUCGUCACCGUCACCGUCACUAGCAGCGACAACGACGUCGCCACAAGGACCGUAUGGGAAACCACAACAGUCAGAAUUGACAGGCGCGGCAUCGCUCCCGUGACUCCUACCCCCGCUGCCGCUGCCGCUGCUCACCUGCAAAAGCGUGCCACCAUAACGUCCACGGUUACAGUCACUGCCGACUCUUCCCUGGCCGUCGUCACUGUCACCAACGACGUUGUCUCUACCACUGUUAUCACCACCACCAUCACCAGCACCGACACCGAGGUUGCCCAGGCCAAUGCCAGGUCUACCACGACCGUCACAAGCACCAGGACCGUAUCUGCUCUCGUCGUCACCCAGACCUGGAGCAGCUCCGAGAGCACACCUACCGGCGAUGGUUCCACCGGAGGCGGCGGUGGCGGCGGCGGUGGUGGCAGCAACAGCAAUGGCAGUUCCGGCGGUAGCGGUGGACUUUCCACGGGUGCCAAGGCUGGUAUCGGCGCCGGUGUAGGUGUGGCCGGCCUCGCUGCCAUUGCGGCUGCCCUCUUCUUCUGCUGCAGACGCCGCAAUCGUUCUCCCAAGCCCGACACCGAUAUGAUAGCCGGUGCUUCGGAGGUGCCUGUCGGCGGUGCACGCCCCAUGUCUCACGACUCCAGCACCGCAUUUCGCCAGCCUCCUGUUCGCACCGCUCUUAAGCCCGCCGCCGAGGGCUACCGUGGAACUGCCAUGGGCGACGGCAGAGCUGGAUAUGCCAAACCCGACUAUGGCUCCAGCUACGGCCCCAGCCGAAGCACCACCACUACGGUGCCCCCUACCAGAACCAGCGGUGGUGCUGACGCACUCCCCGAGCACCCCUCGCCCGGUUCCGAGCAUGUCAUGGCUGCUGUCCCUCACAUGGGCUCUCCCACCGUUUCCAAUGUCUCUCCGCCGCCCUCUAAUCAAGCAUCGGUCCCUCCACCGCAGUCAUAUGCUCACGAACUGGGCACAGACAACUCGGUAGCCAACAAAUGGCACAAUGAAUCUGCUGCCGAGAUUGACAGCCAGCCCAUCAUGGGCCAUCAGAGCGGGCCGGUUUACGAGAUGCCGACAGAAAACUAUCGAUGA